UCUCGCAUCUCCUUCCCUCCCCCCCGUUUUUGAAGGUUUGGUUCAAGAACCGCAGAGCCAAAUGGAGAAAGAGAGAAAGGAACCAGCAAGCCGAGCUUUGCAAAAAUGGCUUCGGUCCGCAGUUUAACGGCCUCAUGCAGCCCUACGAUGACAUGUAUCCUGGCUACUCGUACAACAACUGGGCAGCCAAGGGCCUAACUUCCGCUUCCCUCUCCACCAAAAGCUUUCCUUUCUUCAACUCCAUGAAUGUCAACCCUCUGUCUUCGCAGAGCAUGUUCUCCCCUCCAAACUCCAUCUCCUCCAUGAGUAUGUCUUCAAGCAUGGUACCCUCUGCAGUCACCGGGGUCCCCGGCUCCAGCCUCAACAGCCUGAAUAACUUGAACAACUUGAGCAAUCCCUCCCUGAAUUCUGCAGUGCCAACGCCAGCCUGUCCUUAUGCUCCUCCAACACCUCCGUAUGUUUAUAGGGACACAUGUAACUCGAGCUUGGCGAGUCUGAGACUUAAAGCCAAGCAGCACUCCAGUUUUGGCUAUGCCAGUGUGCAGAACCCCGCUUCCAACCUGAGCGCUUGCCAGUACGCGGUGGACAGACCCGUGUGAGAC